CGUCAUCAUUCGGGCAGGCAGCAGCAGGCCGGGCGACAGCGACAACGGAUGAGCCGCGAGGAGCGGAAGACGGCGCAGAUAUGGGCGUCCAUUGAGAAGAUGCAGAAGAAAGAGGAAGACAACAUGAACCACUCGGACAACAGCAGCAGCGACCGCCAGGCCAAGCGCAAGAAGGGUCGCAAGAAGGACCGGAAGCGCGACUCGCUCGACGACGACGCGUCGACCGCGCUCACGAUGCACAAGAGCGACUGCCAGUCGUGGCGGACCAACCCAUUCGUACCGCCGACCAAGAAGUGGCGGUCACGCUGGGAGCACAACCAUCCGCGGCCAUCGCCGACGAUCGACACUAUGGCGAGCCCAACGAAACAGGAACCCGCCGACGUGGUGGCACCGCCGCAAAUCGACACGACCAUGGACAGCGAGCCGACACCGCCAGCGCCGUGCGUCGCGCCUGCGAAAGCAUCGACGCCGUCGAUGCCAACCACGGUCCAGCACUUGUCACAGGAGCCCGACCCCGAAGACGACGAAGAAGAGGAAGGCCUUGUCAAGGAAGAUGACAUCGAGCCCGCGCCCGUGCAAGCGACGCCUGAGCCUACGAACGUGCCCAUCGUCGAGCGGUCCGUUGAGGACGACAAGGCGAUUGACGAGUGCAAGGUAGACACAUUGGCCGCCGAAGCACCACCAAGCGUUGUCGCCGUCCCGACGGCAGCUGUGGCGCCGCCCUCCUUGCAUGUAGAUGAGCCCGAGCCGGCGCCGCUUCCCGUCGCGUCUCCGAGCGUGUCCAAGUCGUCGAGGUCGCCGUCAGUUGAUGACAGCGUGCGGAGUCCGUCGACGAGCGCGGAGCGGCCACGGCUAUUGAGUGAAAUGAACGCGAUUGGCUCACGGCGGAAACGAAAGUCGCUCUGGGACGUGGGCGAUCCGCGCCUCGGGCACGAGCGCACCCAUGACCUCGCGCCCUCGUGGCAGAACUUUGCGUCCCCGCCGUUGAACGCCCCCGCGUCGUCGUCGUCGUCAUCCUCUUCGUCCUUCCAUGCGCCGAGCAGCGGGUCUGCGUCGUCGCGACGGUACCAGCCGUACAUCCAGCCCCGCGGGCGAUCGUGGAACAACAGCAGCGCGACGCCGCCGCCAGCGUCCUCGAGCACGACGCCCAGCACCAGCUACACGCGGUAGAGUAUAUCUUGCUCUCCAUCUAUUUGUCCAAUUUGCCUCUUCAAUUUUUGUGCGUCAACGUCCGCUGAGACGCAUCAAAGUACGUGCGUUGGUUGCUGGAAGAGCACUCGAGGCGAGCAGAAGCUCCAUCUUGCUCCUGCCAACGAUGACGACCGAUGCGUCAUGGUCAACAACGUGGUAUACACCCACAUAAUCGCACGCUGACAUUGCCUCG